CCAAACCUGACUGGACUUUUCUUCUCCAUUCCUCCUUCUGCGUCGGGGCCUCCUUCAGCACCUCAAUCCUUCUCCUCAUGGACGUAAAAGCUGCAAGUUCUGAGAAGUCUCAGCUGAUCCACGACAAGAACCACAAGACCUAUUGUGAGCGCGUGCACAGUUCCUUUCCAGACCCUAGUGAGCAGUUCCCAGACUUCCCCUUUAAGAAUGGCGGCAUAUCGACCGCCAUGGAGCUCAAGCAUCCCGUGGGCGUCCACUGCCACCGCCCCAAGGCCUCGGCGUGCGAAGACGGCGUGGACAAGCUGCUGGCGAAAAAGAAACUUUACAUCGCCUCUGCCGUCUGCCUGGUCUUUAUGAUCGGAGAGGUCAUAGGAGGUUACCUGGCCCACAGUCUGGCCAUCAUGACAGACGCCGCUCACCUGCUGACCGACUUUGGCAGCAUGAUGGUCAGCAUCUUCUCCCUCUGGAUCUCCUCCAGACCCCCCACCAAGACCAUGAGCUUUGGCUGGCACAGAUCAGAGAUCCUGGGGGCCUUCUUGUCCGUCAUGUCCAUCUGGAUGGUGACAGGGGUUCUGGUCUACUUGGCAAUCGAGAGGAUCGUGCGCGGUGACUAUGAGAUCGAAGGUCACGUGAUGCUGGUCACGUCAGCCUUCGCUGUCAUCGUCAACAUCAUCAUGGCGUACAUCCUGCACCAUUCCACCACCUUCCACGCUCACGGCCGCGGCUAUACUCACAUCGACGAGGACACUCAGAGUCCCGUCGCUCACGGCCAUGCUCACUCGCUCCUGAGCGCCCACGGCAACACCAGCGUGCGGGCCGCUUUCAUCCACGUAGUCGGCGACCUACUGCAGAGCAUCGGCGUCACGGUGGCAGCAAUCAUCAUCUACUUUCGGCCUGAGUACAAGGUGGCCGAUCCCAUCUGCACCUUCCUCUUCUCCAUCUUUGUCCUUUGCACCACCGUCACCAUCCUCAGAGACGUCUUCCGGAUACUCAUGGAAGGUUCGCCGAAAGGAAUCGAGUUCAACUCGGUGAAGGAGCUUCUGAUGUCCGUGAAGGCUGUCAGGUCGGCACACUCGCUGCACCUUUGGGCUCUGACGCUGGGCCAGACCCUGGUCUCCGUUCACCUCGCUGUUGACGAGGGCGCCGAUGCGGAGUCUGUCCUGCAAGAGGCCGCAGAGCUUCUCCACACCAAGUUUGGCUUCCAGAGCGUCACCAUCCAGGUGGAGCACUACUCGGAAGACAUGAGGCACUGCCACCUUUGCCAGGACCCUUGUGACUGACACGACUCGGCAUUCCCACGCCCAACACACACCUGCAAGAGAGGAGGCGGCGCCCGGCCCCGAAUGCCCACCAACAUUCCCUUCAAAACCAAAAAAGAACCAUCAAAGUCAUUCGGGAGGCUCCAGUCCACCUUGAAGUGGCGCACCUGACCCAACCUUAUCAUACCACAUUUGAAUAAAAACACAUCGCCACGCCCUUUGACCCGUUUGGUCUUAGCGAAGGUCAUGUACCCGACACAUAACGGCGGUUCAUUGCGGUGCUUCUUAAGAAGUUCAAUUAGAUACUCUGUGUCAAAAUCCUCCUAAUGAGCUGAUCAAUAAGACUGAUUGGAAGGUGAACUCACUGCCUAAAUGUCCUCUGAACCGCAGAGACGCUCACUGCCAUCUUGAAAACCGGUUUGAUUGAUUGGUUGAAACUUUUACUAGUAGAUUGCACAGUACAGUACAUAUUCCGUACAAUUGACCGCUAAAUGAUAACACCCGAAUAAUUUUUUCAACUUGUUUAAGUCGGGGUCCACGUAAAUCAAUUCAUGGUAAAUCACGGUCAUUAUCUCAUUGACACACAUUCGACUUUCAUUUAAAAAGGGCUGCAUCUCGUUAAGGAAACACAUUUAAAUGAUCACCAAAGACACCAAGUUAUGAUUACCACAUACACUGGCCACUUCAUUAGGUACAACAUCCCAUGAGAUUCGACAGAUCUCUCAUGAUGCUGAAUGAAGCAGAGAGUCCUGUGUGUGUGGACAUAAAAUGGGAGAUUACCACAAGUGCAAAUGAGGACUAUCAGUGUCAGUGUUGUGUUGUGCGACAGCAUGUUCUUUGUGCGUUUUUGUGCUGGAUGCUGCGUCGAGGCAAAGUAAAUCACAUGACCAUCAUGUACUGUAUAACAUGAUAUUAAUGACAUACAUUUUUUUUUAAUGCGGCAAUUCUCAAAGUGCCAUGUUUGUCCCAAAGCUCUUUUUUUUUUUAUUGGCCCAAGCAUCUUUCAAAUUUACUUAAUGUGGCCCUCAGUGAAAAAAAGUUUGCUGUAUAGUAUUUCAACACCAGUCCAUCCAUGUGUCUGGAACAGAAAGUAAAAGUAUGAGGGGCCGUCUGAGACAUAAUUCUGCUGACAAUGCAGACACACCAGUGUUUUGGAAAACCUCGCACACACAGACGGCCCCCCAUACGACACCAUGUGUAGCAUUGUCUCGGUUGCAGGAUUAAGGAUCACCUGCGAUCCAUUCACUAUGACCGGUUCUGGUCCAAGUGCUUGCAUGCUCGUAAGCUGUGAGUCUUUAUCGUGCUCAAGUGCCAAGAGGAACCAUGCCGUCAAUACUCUGAAUGUAACGAUGACCGAUGUGUAUGCUUUUCCAUGUUUGAGAAUGCUCUGUGUUGUUGUCUUUCGUGUGCAUAUUAUAUACAGUGUGUGUGUGUGUGCGUGUACAUGUGAAAAUAUGAAAACGUUGUCUUUUUGUAAACUUCCAAAUAAAAGAUGGCGGACUGACUCUUAAUCAGUCUACUUUA